GAGAGCCUAACCCGGGAUUGUUUUCUUGCAGAUGAGCGAGGGCAGGAGCACCUUAGGGCCGCAAAACUCAAUUUAGUGGAUCUGGCGGGAAGCGAGAGACAGUCGAAAACUGGAGCCACGGGGGAGCGGCUCAAAGAGGCCACCAAAAUCAACCUCUCCCUCUCGGCUCUGGGCAACGUCAUCUCGGCCCUGGUUGACGACAGGUGUAAGCACAUCCCCUACCGAGACUCCAAGCUGACCAGGCUGCUGCAAGACUCCCUCGGAGGGAAUACCAAGACCCUGAUGGUAGCGUGCUUAUCUCCGGCUGAUAACAACUAUGACGAAAGCCUCAGUACUUUGCGCUAUGCUAAUCGAGCGAAAAACAUCAAGAACAAGCCCUGUAUCAAUGAGGACCCCAAGGAUGCUCUGCUGAGGGAGUAUCAGGAGGAGAUUAAGAAGCUGAAGGCCAUUCUAGCUGAACAGAUGGGUGCAAAUAACUUGUCAGGUAGGAGUGCCCUUAGUGGCUGCAGAGCUCCCCUCCUCAAACCCCAGUUAGAUCUUGAAGCAGAGAAGCAGCUGAUCAGAGAAGAGUACGAAGAGAGGCUGGCCCAGCUAAAGGCCAGCUACGAAGCGGAGCAGGCGUCCCGUGCCCGCCUCGAAGAGGACAUCAGUAGCCUGAGGAGUCACUACGAUCUCAAGCUGUCUGCUCUCGAGGAGAACCUCAGGAAGGAAGCAGCUGCCAUGAGGACUGAAACUACCCCUGGCCAGACACCUCUGCCUGAAGACUCUGUUGCUGCAGCAGAUGAAGGACCAACGUCAGCCCAGGACCCAGCAGGGCCUUGGACUGUCCAGGACGCCGGCGGUGUGCACGGCGGGAGCGCUGGAGCAGAGGUGGCUGUCACUGCCCAGGGGGUUUCAUUGCCUGCAGAGCAGCAGCAGGUCCUCGCCAGGCUGCAGAUGCUGGAGCGACAGGUGGUAGGAGGGGAACAGGCUAAAAACAAGGACCUCAAAGAAAAGCACAAACGCCGGAAAAAAUACGCGGCCGAGCGGAGGAUGCAGCUGGUGGCCGCGCUGCAGCAAUCGAACGAGGACAGCAGCGACUGGGUUCUGCUUAACGUCUACGACUCCAUCCAGGAGGAGGUUCGAGCCAAGAGCAAGCUUCUGGAGAAGAUGCAGAAGAAGCUGCGGGCUGCCGAGACCGAGAUCAAAGAUCUGCAGUCGGAGUUUGAGCUGGAAAAGAUUGAUUACCUUGGCACCAUCCGCCGCCUGGAGCGAGACCUGAUGCUCUUCCAGCAGCUGCUGGAUCAGGCGCAGUCCCUCGUCCGCCGUGACUGCAACUACAGCAAUCUGGAGAAGAUCAAGCGCGAAUCCACCUGGGAUGAGGAAACCGGCUGCUGGAAAAUUCCAAAGCCUGUCAUUCAAAAAACCCACCUGCCCGCAG